AUGAGUCCCGACAAGUCGCCCUCUGCGUCCAAGCAAUUUAGAAAACUCGGCCCCGGCCAGCGCGUGUCGCGGGCCUGUCUCCACUGCCGCCAACGCAAAUCUAGGUGUGAUCUAGAUAGUGGUGGGAAUCCAGGCACGCCGCCUUGCCAACGAUGCGUUCGCGAGGGUCGAGACUGUGUCUUGGGAUCCUCGAAUCGCGGAGGACGGCGCAUCCGCAAGAGCAAGAUCAUCAAUCUGGCCGUCGGCGGGACUAUUAAUAUAAAUGAUAACAUCGACGACGGCGAAUCAAUCACACAGCAACCCACCAAAGACCCCUCCUCGGCAUAUUCCGAGAGUCAAUCGUUGCCGGCUUCAUCUCGCUACUCCGUUGCCGACAUCAACGCCAGCCCAGCCGGCAAUCCGCCGGAGUCGGCUACUGCAGAAGACGACGAUGCGGCGUCGACCUCGGACAGCGCCAUUGACUCAGGGGUUCCCCGAAACCCAUCUGAUGCAUGGCAGUGUUUAACGGGGAUAGCGAAACGGGGUGGUGCUGGUGGUGAGACUGGGGUAGCUGGGCAUGCUGCUCGCUUAUCACAGAACCUACCUCGUGUGCCUGAGGAUGCAUUUACUGAUAACGGACUGCACGUUGCUCCUCGACCAACAAACUCGGGUAUUCGAGCAUACAAGCUGGUUCAGAACGGCUCCCUGGAUUCAGAGCUGAUUUUCCAGCUUAUCAGACGAUAUGAAGAGCAUUUCCACCCCUAUCAGCCGCUUGUUCCUAGGAAAUACUUUGACCGCGCUGCUCUUGACGCGUUUGCCUCGACUGAAAAGCAUUUACUUACUGCAGUGCUUACGAUUGCAUCGAAGGACCUGGUUGAUACCCCGCAUAUCCACGAGUAUUGCUCCAAGUACAUGCAUGAAUUGAUCUCGGGGAUUGCUGCUGGAGCAGACUGCGAUGUAGAGGCUGUUGAGGCUUUGAUACUGCUCGCAGAAUGGGAACCUCAGGGUCUGCGUCCAAACGUCGAACGCGUCGGUAGGGGCGAAGAAGAUCGCGCUGCUUGGAUGCAUGUCGGUCUCGCCCUGCGUUCCGGCUACUUUCUCGGUCUAGACCGUACAUCAUUCAGGGGGGACCCUAGUUCAGAGGACUGUGAUGCGCGCAAGCGGCUAGCGUGGACGAGCUGUUACAUCUCAGAUCGACUGAUCUCAGUGCGAAUUGGAAGGGCGUUUUGGUCUCGAGGACCGGGCCCUAUGACGGGGUUUGUCAGCCAGGAUUUUCCUUCCCUCCAACCUGUGCAUGAAGGCGAUGAGGAUUAUGCGAAAAUCAUCCAGGCCACUUUAGAUCUAACGCAGCUGUAUGGAAACGUGCAUGAGAUAUUAUACUCGGGCAUGCGAACGAGCAACCAGAUGAUGCUCAUGGGGGAUUAUAUCAAGUAUGCUGAUGAUUUCCGAACCGCCAUCUCUCGGUGGAAUCGUACAUGGGGCAAUUUAGACUGCUCUCCUCGCAUAAAGGUCACUUUACAAAUGUCCUACGAGUAUCUCAGACUCUACACCAACGCGUUCGCUUUCCAAGCCGCCAUUUCGCAAGCGAUGGUCCGGAAACCGAAAUCGGGUGACCAGCAUUCCCAAAGGGAACAUCUGAGAGCAACAUUUAGCAAUGUGGCAUCCAUGUCUGAUGCCCGUUUUAUAUACGAAUCACUCGAUGCGGCAAAGUCGUAUUUGGAUAUCCUCGUCAGCACACUCAACCCGGAACAACAUUUACGUUUUAUGCCGCUCCGUUUUUACCUAUAUAGCAUUUACGCGGCGGUGUUUCUUUAUAAGGCCCGCUCCUUCGGUGUUCUAGCCCCUGCCGAGGAAAUCGCCGUUCGCGAUUUAGUAUCACGGACAACCGAGCAACUACAACGCGCAAGCGCUGGCCCUGACGAUAUGGGUUCGCGAUACGCACGUCUUCUCGAGCUUUUAUGGAAACCACACGCAGCUACUGCUAUAGCUUCUUCCCCCAAAUCCCGGCGAAACAAUCACAGCGAAAUCUCCAUCCCCAGUCUCACCAACAUUCCCGACCAGCAACCUCAGCAAAUGCACUUUAGCCCAGCCAAUGACUUUUCCUGGCUCGAUCUCGGUGCAGUAGGUGACUAUGUCUCUGGCGAUCAAAUGACGGCAGCAGGGAUUCUGGGAUACGAUGGCCUUGUCAACGAGCUCAAACAACUCGACCAAACACUGCGCAUCUCGAUCCACCAGGUAGAUGUCGGCGAGGCCGGCCAAAUUGAGCGUAUGUUCACCGAAAUCGACGCGCAGCAUGGCCAACGACCAGACAUUCUCGUUUCAAAUGCGGGUUAUGGAAAACGCGUUCCGCAGGUGUGGGAUAUUACACUUGAGGAGUUUGAUUAUACCAUUCAGGUGAAUCUGCGAGCCUCGUUUAUUCUAGUCAAAGGCGUCGUGGAGAGGAUGAAGAGCCAGCGAUGGGGUCGCAUAGUUUUCAUGUCCUCGAUUGCCGGAUACGGUGGGGGAAUUAACGGGUGUCACUACGCUGCCUCAAAGGCCGGAAUGACGGGCAUGAUGCGCAACCUCUCAACCCGCCUGGCUGAGUUCAAUAUCAGCGUCAACGACGUCUCGCCGGCCAUGAUUGGCGACACGGGCAUGAUCCCCAGCGCCACUGCGAUUGCUGGCACCGAGACCCCGCUGGGGAGACUGGGGGUGCCGCAAGAAGUCGCCAAUGUAGUCACCAUGCUGGUUACAACGGGGUACAUGACAGGGCAGAGUUUGCUGUUAGCAGGGGGGCUGAAGUAA